AUGGGGAGCGCGGCGGCGGGGGGCGGCCCGCGGGCGCUGCGGGCCCUCACCGGGUGCCUGCUGGGCGCGCUGGUGCUGAGCACGCUGGUGGGCAACGCGCUGGUGUGCCUGGCCGUCCUGCGCUUCCGCCACCUGCGUGCCAAGGUCACCAACUGGUUCGUGCUGUCGCUGGCCGUCUCGGACCUCUGCGUGGCCCUCCUGGUGAUGCCCUGGAAGGCGGUCACUGAGGUGGCCGGUGGCUCCUGGCUCUUUGGCAGCCGCUUUUGUGACACCUGGGUGGCCUUCGACAUCAUGUGCUCUACCGCCUCUAUCCUCCACCUCUGCAUCAUCAGCCUGGACCGGUACUGGGCCAUCGCCAGCCCCUUUCGCUAUGAGCGCAGGAUGACGCAGCGCCUUGCCUGUGCCAUGAUAGCCGUGGCCUGGGCCCUUUCCAUCCUCAUCUCCUUCAUCCCAGUGCAGCUACACUGGCAUAAAGCCAAGGACAUGAGAUACCCAGGCUCCUUGCUGCCUGGGACGCCCCGCUGUGAUGUCAGCCUGAACCGCACUUAUGCCAUCACCUCCUCCCUUAUCAGCUUCUACAUCCCCGUGGCCAUCAUGAUCAUCACCUACACCAGGAUCUACCGAAUUGCCCAGGCCCAGAUCCGCCGCAUCUCUACUCUCGAGCGAGCAGGGGGGCAGUGGCCAGCCCACGGCAAGGAGCCCACCUCCUCUUUGCGGAGUUCCCUGCGCAAGGAGACCAAGGUGCUGCAGACCCUCUCUAUCAUAAUGGGAGUCUUCGUUUGCUGUUGGCUGCCCUUCUUCCUGCUCAACUGUCUGCUGCCUUUCUGCCGGCCUGAGCUGGAGAGUGACCAUGAAGGACAGUCACCCUGCGUUGGCCAAACCACAUUCAACGUCUUUGUGUGGUUUGGCUGGGCCAACUCCUCAGUGAAUCCAGUGAUCUAUGCUUUCAAUGCAGACUUCAGGCGGGCUUUCAGCAACCUGCUGGGCUGUCGGAGCUUCUGCUGUGGCACACCCAGAUCCACUGUGGAGAGGGUCAACUUCAGCAAUGAGCUGGUGUCCUAUCACCAUGACACCACCUGCCAGAAGGAAGGAGCUGCCUCAUCGUCAGUACCCGCCCCUGUGGUCACUGCCUGGGUGCAGGCCGUACCCCAUGCUGUAAGCCUUCAGGGAGAGGAGAGCAGUGAGGAGAUGUCUAUGGAGAAGAGGCCUGUGACUUCUCAGACGCAGGCUGCCCCUGGCAACAGCCCCAAGUCUCAGGUGCCAGCCAUUUUACAAUUUGACUGCAAGGCAGAGCUAUCCCUGGAAACUACUACUCCCUGUAGGGGGCUUGGUGGGUGUGAGGGACCCCAUCACCCUGUUUCAGAGAGAUAAGCGAUUGUGUGUUUCUCUCACACACAGCCAUCCCACGGGGAGGGUUCACUUUGCCUGCACAUGAGAUACGCCUGUCCCCCAGCCAACAAAGUCCCAUCCCAGAGGGAUGGGGACCUGCUGCUCUUACCCCAGAGGGGUGAUGGGUGUAUGAAGUCCACCCCAAAAGCAUACAGCAACCACAUACUAACCUCUUUCCACGAUCACCUUCAUCCCUUACUCUCUUUCACAGUCAGUAGACAUUUCCCACGCAUUUGUUCAUCCCCAUGCUUCAAUCAAAAUUGUGAUGUUUAUUAAGAAUAGUGACAUAAUUAGAUCAAAAUAAAAACAACUCAUAGUUUGAGACUCUAAAAUAUAAUCUUACAUAGAUAAGUUAAUCUUAGAUGUAGUUUCAUUGCUAAACCCCAUUUUUUCCCCCUCUCAUGGUUUCACAUCAUACAUGUGCAUAGUUCUGGUCUUAAAGGUUUGUGUUUGAUUUUACUUCUAUGCUUAUUUCAAAGCUGCCUGUCUGGAUUUACAUGUCUGAAUCUGUGUUUAGGUGCGUAGAUACAAAUUGCUCUAUUAAAAUUUCAUCACUAUCUUAUGUUGAGUCAAAAGACUGCUCAAAACCCUGGAAAAUUAAGUUGCUUUUAUGUAGGAUCCCAUCACAUUUUCAGGUGCCAAACUUUGGUAUCCAGGCUUAAUGACACUGAACUAGGAUCUUCCUCAUCCUUAAAUGUUAUAAAAUGCAGUGUUGUGUUAGGCUGAAAUCACAGAAUGAUGAUGUUUGAGAGCUAACACUACAACUCCAGUGCGAUUUAAGCUGCUGUCAGCUGAGGCAGCUGCAAUCCUUCUUUCUCCUACUAGUUCAGGCAGCCGAUCCUUCCAGAAAGCAAGCUGGUCCACAAAAUAAAGAGUGACAAGGUCAUCUCUCUGCAUUUCACUACUUGUAGACAUGAACAGCAGCAAAAGGCAGAGCAAAUGUGUGUUGGAUGGCUCGCAGGAGAGAAAAUACUGGGAUCUUGAUGAUCAUUUCUGUACAUGUAAAAGGGUUCAGCAGACAUUAAGGGGAUAAAGUAGCACCUCACUGUCCUCCCCUUCUCUGUCCACCACUUAGGAGUUCUGCUGCUGACCAUUUACUACUGUGCUCUACUAACCACUAUCAUUGCCCCAGUUUUCUGUCCUUUGCCAGAUGGGUGCAACUGUCCAGAAAGAGACAUCAAGAAUGCUUACACUGCAACAAUUUUCUUGGACGUUCAGUCUUAUAGAUGGCAUGGCUGAUAUCUUUCAGAACAGUGAUCCAUGCUGACAAGUCAGCUGCUGAAAAGCCAGACUCUCCUCCCAGUGAUCCUGCUCCUGUGAAUUUAAACCGUGUGUAGUUCUUAAGUCCCUGUACACAUCUCCCCCCAUCACAUUGAUUCUUAUGGGAAAAAUUGCUUUUACUAUCCUGCUCUUUUCAGAAAUGCGUCCUUCAUGGAUAGUUGGGCAUGAUGGUAACCUCUUCUUCGUGGCCAGGACUGGAAGGACAAGAGGAAAUGGGCUUAACUGUAAGAAAGACCAAGGCAAGACUUCAGAAAAACUUCCUAAGAAUAAGGAUAGUUAAGCACUGGACUAGAUUGCCUAGGGAGGUUAUGACAUCUCUCUCAGUAAAAGUCUUUAAGAUGACAUUGCUAAACAUGUCAGCAAUGACACUGGCAUUGUUAAUCCUGUCUUGGGGCAGAAGCAUAGUGUAAUGGUCUCUCGAGAUCUUUUCUAGUCCUCCUUCACUAUGACAACAUGACUCCUUAAGAUGAGUCCUUAAGCAGUGAGCUCAAGAUGUUUCAAUUUUGUUUGUUUGUUUGUUUUGCAUGCAAUGAUCCUUAGUUAUUUUCUUCAAGGCAAAAAAAGCAUACAGAUAAUAAAUUUUAGAUCCCAUUGGUGUAUUUCCCUUCUUCUCUUAGUGAUUACCCAUGUUUCCUAGCAUUUAACAACUAACAUUCAGCAUGCCUAGUGCCUCAUUUGGAGAGCAACCCUGAAAUAAACCUAGUAUUUCCUUAAAAGAGAUACAAGAUCUGUUUUUUGUUUUCAUUCCCUUUAUUUUCUAGGUGAUCACACAUGAACUGUACAUGGAUUCAGAUGCUAAAGGGUCAAUCAAUUUGUGAUUUGCUACAAUUCUUCCUUCUUACAGAAACCAGAAACAUGUAUCACAAGAGUGUCAGCAUAUUUUAUCUCCUCAAAAAAAACCCAGAUGAUAUCCUAGAGCUGUAAGAGACUUCUCAUUUCACCCCAUCCACACUAGAAUCCAUCCUGGGGAGAUACUGACACACCUGAUAAGACACUAUCUUGAAGCGUGACUCCCUGUGCUACACUUCUGUUUCUGUUGCAAGAGGUUCAGCUGGCUCCAUCCCUCAGAGAGUUAACUGUGCCUGCCCACACACAUCUUCCUUCUCGUGGGCAGGCAGUCUUCUGGCAGUCAAGGCUACACAUGAAAUUAUGAUGCACAGAAGCUUUUUUUUUUUUUUUUUUGGUGUAUAUGUGUGUGCAUACAGUGGCAUUAGUAGGCAUAAAGGCUGUUAAUUAGUGGAAGGGAAAAAUUUACCUUCCCACAAGGUUUGCCCUGCCUGUCGAGCUGUCUCGCCUAGGAAUUUGGACUUAAUACGUAGAAUGAUGAAAACUUAGUGUAUGACAGAGUGGGUGGCAGAAAUUAAGCAAUGAAUAUAUUUGAAUAACAUUUUCUCUUAAGAAUAAUCAGAAAUGCAUGGUAGCUUUGAUUUAUGAAACUAUAUUUGUGUUAAGAAUGGGAAAAGCUAUUUGUAUCAGUGCUUGUGGCUAUAGUUUAAAUAAAGUUCAUCAGCAGGUCAGAUUGUACCUGAAAAUAAAUGGAUAUUUACCUGAAGGAAAAAAACUAGUCUUUACUGAAGCUUUUUAAAGGGACAAUUUAAAAUUGCUCUUUGUAAAUUGUGCUGGAAAUAAUUGUUUGUACCUAACUGAUAAUGUUCAUUACUGAUGUGCAGAUGAUACACGUUACUACAUGGGCCUUACAGCUGUAGACUAUUGUAAGUGCAGUGUAAUGUUCAA